CACAGUAAGGUCUUCCGCAUAAUUCAUCUUUGCUGUUCCAGAUUAUUCUCACCGAUCUUCGUUUGCAGAUUGGAUUUUGUGUGCUGUAGAAUCUGGGGAUUGAUUUAGUUAGCAAGAGGUUGCUUUGGUGUUUUCUUUCAUUUCACUUUAUAUGAUUACCUAAAUGUUUGAAGUGUUUUAGGAAUUUACAUCAUGUUAGGUUCAUUGCCUAUAUUGCCUCUCCCUGCUCCUCCUUCUGAUGGAAAUCUAGGUCCUCUCCCAGAGUCUCAAGUGACCGAGGAGGAGAGGGAUGAGAAAUCCUUAAAUGAGGAGCUAAAUAAAUCAAAUUCAGCUUUUGUUCCGGCACCGGCAACAGUUGCCACCCACACUAGAACUAUUGGAAUUAUACAUCCCCCUCCAGACAUUAGAACCAUUGUUGAUAAAACCGCCCAGUUUGUGGCUAAAAAUGGUCCAGAGUUUGAAAAGAGGAUUAUUGCUAACAACACAGGCAAUGCCAAGUUUAAUUUCCUGAACUCAUCAGAUCCCUAUCAUGCUUACUAUCAACAUCGAUUGGCUGAAUUUCGUGCUCAGAAUCAAUCUUCUGCUGUGCAACCUCCUUUGCAGUCUGCAGACUCUGCUGUUCCUGAAUUAGCCCCCUGUGCGCUGGCCCCUGAUAGUAAUGGUGUAGCAGCAGCCGAAAAGCCUGAUAUGUCUGCCCAGUUUAAACCUGUGAGGAAAGUUCUUGAACCCCCUGAAGUUGAGCAGUAUACAGUUCGACUUCCGGAAGGAAUUACAGGGGAAGAGCUGGAUAUUAUAAAGCUUACAGCACAGUUUGUUGCUCGAAAUGGGAAAUCUUUCUUGACAGGAUUGACGAGUAGGGAAGUUAAUAACCCCCAAUUCCAUUUCUUGAAACCAACCCACAGCAUGUUUACUUUUUUUACUUCCCUUGCGGAUGCAUAUUCAAAGGUUUUGAUGCCUCCGAAGGGUUUGACAGAGAAGCUGAAGAAAAGUGUCUCUGACAUGACUACUGUCCUUGAAAGGUGUGUGAAUAGGCUCGAAUGGGAGCGUUCACAAGAGCAAGCUAGGCAAAAAGCUGAGGAUGAAAUAGAGCAGGAAAGGUUACAAAUGGCUAUGAUUGAUUGGCAUGAUUUUGUGGUGGUUGAAAUGAUUGAUUUUGCUGAUGAUGAGGAUGAAGAGUUACCUCCUCCAAUGACCAUUGAGGAGGUUAUAAGGAGAAGCAAGGUGUCGGCCAUGGAAGAAGAUAUUGUUGAGCCAGGAAAGGAGGUAGAAAUGGAAAUGGAUGAGGAAGAGGCCCAACUUGUUGAAGAGGGCAUGAGAGCUGCUAGUUUGGAAGAUAAUGAUGAUGAGAAGAAGAAUGAAGUCAGGGUUACUGAAGACCCUGAACCACCGAUGAGGAUUGUGAAGAACUGGAAGAGACCGGAGGAGAGGAUUCCUGCUGAAAGAGAUUCAACCAAGUUUGUUGUUUCUCCCAUCACUGGUGAGCUAAUUCCUAUUAGUGAAAUGUCAGAACAUAUGCGAAUUUCUCUCAUUGAUCCCAAGUACAAAGAACAAAAAGAAAGGAUGUUUGCCAAAAUUCGAGAGACAACUCUGGCUCAAGAUGAUGAAAUAUCAAGAAACAUUGUUGGACUUGCUCGGACCCGUCCUGAUAUCUUUGGUACCACAGAGGAAGAGGUUUCCAAUGCUGUCAAGGCAGAGAUUGAGAAGAAUGAUGAGCAACCUAAGCAGGUUAUAUGGGAUGGCCACACUGGUAGUAUUGGCCGGACUGCAACCCAAGCCAUGUCACAGAAUAUUGGAAGUGAGGAUCAAAAUGAUGCUUCUAAUUAUGAAGCCAGGAACCAUCCUGGUCCUGCUGCACCUCCUCCUAGACCUGGUAUGCCUUCAGUUCGUCCCCUUCCACCCCCACCUGGACUAGCUUUGAAUCUUCCUCGUAUUCCUCUCAAUGCAGUCCAGUAUUCUGCUCCUAACAGUGGUGGCCUGCCAAUUCCUCCAUCCAGACCACCGGGCAUUCCCAUGAUUCCAUCUGUUCGGCCAGCCCCCCCUCCUCCCAUGCCAAUGACUUCUGGACAGCAGUCAGGUAUGACUGGUCAACCACCCCCAAUGCCUCCAUCAAUUCAUAUGAACAGCCAAGGAAUUCCCAUACCUCCACCACCUGGAUCUCAGUUCACUCCUAUUCAAGUUCCACGACCUUUUAUGCCUCUCUCUGCUCCACCAUCAGGGAUGCCUAUGAUGCAUCCACCACCUUUGCCUGUAAUGCCACCACCACCACCACCAGAGGAAGCUCCACCCCCACUCCCAGAAGAACCAGAACCAAAGAGGCUGAAGCUUGAUGAUUCUGCUCUGAUCCCUGAAGAUCAAUUUCUGGCUCAACAUCCGGGACCUGUUCGCAUCAGUGUAUCUGUUCCUAAUGUUGAUGAAGGAAAUCUCAAAGGACAAGUUCUAGAAAUAAUAGUGCAAUCUCUGUCUGAAACUGUUGGCAGUUUGAAGGAAAAAAUUGCUGGGGAGAUCCAGCUCCCUGCUAACAAGCAGAAAUUGAGUGGAAAGCCAGGCUUUCUCAAGGAUAAUAUGUCACUUGCCCAUUACAAUGUUGGUGGAGGAGAAACACUUACCCUAACCUUAAGAGAGCGUGGUGGUAGAAAGAGAUGAGCAUAUUACUUGCAUUGUGCCAUUUAAGAAGGUUGUUGUAAUCUUUGCCUCAUUCUGAGGCAUAUGGAUUCUUAUACCAUUGAUAGACUACACGAUGCUAUCUUCAUGAAUUUUAUGUUGAAUACAUUAUAUUUAUUGUAUUGUGAGGCUUCCUAAAGUAUUUAUUAUUGUCUUAAAAACUGAUGUUAAUUCUGGAAUACAGAUUUUGGCACCUUGGCGCUUGCCUCUUGAUGGGAAUGGGAAGUAGUGGAGUUCCUUUAUCUAAUCUGCUCAAGUCAAAUUAUUUAUGUAGCUGAUUAUUGUUUUCUUAUGCAUUUCAGUUGAUUUAUUGCAAAGUUACUGAUUUGUUUUUUGUUUUUAAUUGAAGUUCCUUUUGCUGUCAGGGAGGGAUCGUUCACUUUUUUUUUUUUUUUUUUUUUUUUCAUUUUCAGUGUUCUUGCAAUUAUCAACGUGAAGUGGUGAUUUCGGGUUUUUUUCUUUGUCUUUUUCGUAGUGUAUAGAUUUUGUCUUGUGUGGGAUAUUUUCAUACCAGAGCACAGUUGGACAGUUGGUUAGAAGACCGUUUCAGUUGCUGUGCAUGUAACCUUUAACUGGUGCAUCUUGUUUGGGGUUUUUAGGCAUGAGAGAAAUUCUACGUGGACUUGUGGGAAGGGCUGUGCAGCUAAGCUUGAUGUGUCUUUGAAUGGGAUGAGGCAGAAAGGAGCAGAUUUGGUAUUUUAGAGAAGGCACUGAUUCACUUGUACAUCUUUCUGGGGAUAACUUACAAAACUUUCAGUUUAAGAUCACUUGUCGUUGAACUUGAUUAAGAUUAUUUGGUUGUUACGUGAAAUCCUAUUCUGCUUUAGUUGAU